GUGCACACAGCAUGAAACUUGCAUUAUGACAUUAAGUGGCAAUACUUGUGCUAUCAUUUGUGAUAAUGGACGUUAUGCUGUAGUAGAUUCCCAUGCACGCUCCGCAGACGGCAUGGUAGACCCGACAGGACAGAGUGUAGUUCUGUACUUUGCGAACCUUGAUAAUGUUUUUCAACAUUUUCAGAGGUUUGCUAGUGAACUGGUGGGAUCUCAGAGGUUAUUUGAGAUCACUGGAGUGGAUAUUGUUCAGAUGGACACAUUUAAAAAUGUAUCUGAACAAACAGAUGACAUUGACAUAAACCCUGUUAUUUUUGUUAGUGAUGCUAGUACUAAAGAUUUUCAUUUCAGUCCCGUUUCUACAGACGUGUCACAGGCGUUGAGUAAAUGUCUGAAUGUGAAGUCUGCGAUGGUUGAAUCAUCUCCUGUUCCUUCAUGUAGCACAAGUGUGGUUAACGUUGAUGAUGACAACAGUAUUGUAAACAAUGAUACAAUUUUAAGCUCACUUACAGGAUCAUUUAAUCAGAGCGAUGGGCGUUUUAAAUAUGGCGGCGUUCAGUGUGCAGCAAUAAGUCUUGUUGCUUUAACUAAGCACAACAUACAAAGUGUUUUUUCAUGGGAUUUUGCCAUGUUAGACAAUGUUGUUGUUUUGGGCGAUGAGCUGUACACAUAUUUACGCGACAGUGAUCUAAUAAGUGCUGGGAAUGUGUUUCUUUCUGUCCCAGAAUUGCCAAAGGAAAUCGUUAUGGGCAAACAGACUUUUAAGUUGAAUUAUGGGGAUUUUGUUUGUGGAAAUGUAGAUAUCGUUGAAGGUGAACUUAUAAAUGCUGGAGUGUACACUAGUCUUUGGGAUGGUUUGAAUAAGAUGUGUACACAAUAUGAAACAUGUUUUUUUACACUUGGAGACAAUACUUGCGCUUUACUUAGUGAAGAUGGACAUUAUGCUAUUGUUGAUUCACAUGCUCGUUCUGCAGAUGGAAUGGUUGACCCAAACGGUAAAAGUGUAAUUCUAUACUUUAGUAGUCUUGACAAUGUUUUUAGAUAUAUUCAGAGGUUUGCCAGUAAAUUAAAUGGAACUCAGAAGUUGUUUGAGAUCAGUGGAGUUAACAUUGUUCAGAUGGACACAUUGAAAAAUGUUUCUGAACAAACAAGGUUGCCUCCAACAACAGGAAAGGAGGUUAGACGUGAAGAGUCAUUUCCACUCUCGGAACCAAAAAAGUUACAGACAGAUGACACCGACAUAAACCCUGUUGUUUUUGUUAGUGAUGUUAGCACUAAAGAUUUUCAUUUCAAUCCCAUUUCUAGGGACGUGUCUCAGGUGUUGAGUAAACGUCUGAAUGUGAAGUCGGCAAUGGUUGAUGAAUCAUCUCGUGUGAUUGGUGAAUUGGGUGUACCAUGCAUGAAUAAAUCAAUAGUGGCAGAUGGAAACUGUUUUUUUAGAGCACUUAGUCAAGCUGUUUCUAGCACCCAGGAAUAUCAUAGAAAAAUCCGUCUUGCUUUGGUCAAUCAGUUAAAAAAGAAUCCUCAAAUGUAUCAAACCAUUUUAAGAAGUGAGUAUUCCUCGGUUUCGCAGUACCUCACCUCAUCCAGGAUGCAGUACGUUGGCAGUUGGGCAACUGAAGUGGAAAUUCAAGCUGCUGCUGAUUAUUUUGGCAUUAACAUAUUUACUUACUGUAAUGAUAAAUGGCUUAAAUAUACAUCCAACAGCAUCUUUUCACAGCAGGCUGUUUAUUUGGAGAAUAGUAAUGGUAACCAUUAUGAGACAGUGGUUUGUGUAAAACAACCUAACACAGGAACUUGUUAUGGUUAUUGUGGCCCUGUAAAUAGUAUUUCUGGUAGAUACAAUACUCGACAUGCCCCUACAGAACAUUUAAAAUGUUCAGUAGAAACUGUCACACUUGAGCCGAGUUCCAUAGAUACAGAUGGUGUUAGUGUUGUUCAUUCAAAUACUUUAUUUACUCCUCUGUCUGCAGAUUUUUGUAAAACUCUGUGUAAUCGGUUGAAAAUAGAUUUUGAGAAACACAAUUCUCAAGAAUCCACAUCAGGUGGGCCUUUAGGAAAUGUGUGUAAGACAGAACAUAUUAUUGAAGAUGGUAACAGCUUUUUUAGAGCUGUAGCUCAUGUAAUUAGUGGGUCACAGAAGGGCCAUCGUAAGAUCAGACUCGCUGUUGUUUCUUAUAUGUCCAAAAAUGCUGAAGAGUGUGAGAAGUUUCUGGGAAAAGAACAUGCUUCUGUGUCAGAAUACAUAAAAAAGUCACAGAUGAAUUAUGUCGGUCACUGUGCUACAGAAGUAGAAUUUAGAACUACAGCCAGUGUUUUAGGAUUACCCAUAUUUAUCAACAAUGGCACAGAGUGGGUCAAAUAUAGUUCUCAAACUGGUAAUUUUGUCACUGAGGGACUAUAUUUGUCAAACUGUAAUAAUCAUUUUGAGCCCGUUCUUUGCAUAAGACUGGGUAAUAAAGAAACAUGUUUUGGGUUUUGUAAAGUUGAUUCUUUGUCAGACAACGUAAACAAAUGCAGAAGGUCAACUAUGAUGCAGUUAAAUGCUGACCCAAACAUGGAAAAGAUGAAAACGAGGAAGAGUUUUUCCAGAUAUUUAAAGCAAAAUAAGGCUUAUGCAGAAGCCUCUAAUUAUAAAAUGGUAAGUGCAGUUAAAGACAAAAUAAAAAGUCAGAAGAAAAAUGCAUACAAGCAAAAUGUUGCUUACAGAAUGAAAAAGAUCAGCAUGAGUGUGUAUAAGUACCAUCAGAAUUUGGCUCAUCGAGAGAAGCUUAAACAGAUGAGUGUGUAUAAGUACCAUCAGAAUUUGGCUCAUCGAGAGAAGCUUAAACAGAUGAGUGUGUAUAAGUACCAUCAGAAUUUGGCUCAUCGAGAGAAGCUUAAACAGAUGAGUGUGUAUAAGUACCAUCAGAAUUUGGCUCAUCGAGAGAAGCUUAAACAGAUGAGUGUGUAUAAGUACCAUCAGAAUUUGGCUCAUCGUGACAAAAAGAAAAAAAUGAGUAAAAAGAAAUACCUUAAUAUUGAGCAUAAAACAUGUUUAAUAGAAAGUAUCCAGCAUAAAAGAAAGCUGAUUAAAGUAAAUUCACAAAACUUUAAUUUUGUUGUAGAUCAAUUUUUAGAGAAGGUGAAAGAUGGACCUGAUUUUGUGUGUUGUGUCUGCUCACGGUUGUUGUUUAGACAUCAGGUCUUAAAUUGUAAUCAAGAAUACUAUAGAAAAACCAAAGAAAUGUCACUUAUAGCAGAUAAAUGUAUAAGUGACAAUCAUCUACACAAAUGCAAUGAUGCCUGUAGAUUACCUUGCAAAUUGAAUGUAUGUAGAAAUAAAUUGUACAUCUGUUACACGUGUCAUUAUAAAAUUAGUAAAUGUCAGAUACCCCCAGAAAGUUCAAUCAACAAGCUGACUGUUGAUCCCAUCCCACCUCAACUGGCAUGUUUAAAUACAUUAGAGCAACAUUUAAUAGCGAUGAAUAUACCCUUUAUGAAAAUGUUGGCUCUGCCCAAAGGUGGUCAGAAUGGGAUUCAUGGUCCUGUCACUUGUGUACCUGCAAAUAUAGUGGAAACGUGCAGUUUGUUACCACGUACCAACAUGGAGGGGUCUUUAUUACCUGUAAAGUUAAAACGUAAAUUGACAUAUAAAGGACACUAUGAUUAUCAGUAUGUUGACACACAGCAUGUUCAGGAAGCUCUUCAGUAUUUAAAACGUCAUAAUUUGCAUUAUAAAGAUGUAGAGUUCAAUGAGUCUUGGAUUAACACAUUUACUCAGGAAGAUGAGUCGUCUGUCCUGCAAGAAGAUAGUGGUUCUGGUAAAGAUGAAGAUACUUGCAUAGAUGGAGAAGAUGAGUUAUUGCAUGACAGACAACAGCACUGUAUGUUUCAGGACACCUGUCUCAUGCCAGUAGAUAUAGGACAAGAAGCAUUGGAUCAGUAUGUGGAUAACAUAUUAAAUGUAGCUCCAGGUGAAGGUAACAAUCCAGUGAAAUUGCUUUCAGAUUUUACAAAUGAAGCAAAAAGUUUUCCCGUCUUGUUUCCUUCAGGAUCGAAUACUUACUAUGAAAGCAGACAAUUUCGUUUGACUCUGAAUCGGUAUUUCAACAACAGGCUUCUUCAUGUCGAUGGUCGAUUUGCUAACAAUGUAGAAUAUAUAUUUUUUGCACAGUACAUGUCUGAACUAGAGCAAGUUGUGUCCAAAGUUUCUAUAGCUUUGCGUAAAGGUAAAAGCGGUGAAUCUCAGAAGUUGGGUAAUUUGAUACAGGAUCAGGAUUCUUUAAAUAAGCUGUUAGAGUUUGAUGAUGGCUACCGGUUUCUUAAACCAAUUCGCGGCACACCUGCUUUUUGGCAAUCUGCUCAGCGAGACCUCCUGGCUUGUGUAAAAAUGUUGGGCAAACCUACUUGGUUCGCAUCAUUUUCGUCGGCAGAUUUGAGGUGGACUAACCUUCUUUAUAGUAUUUUGAAACAGGAAGGCAGAACAGAGACAGUGGAACAGCUGGAGUGGGCUGAUAAAUGUGAGCUCCUACGUAGGAAUCCAGUAACUGCUGCCCGAAUGUUUGAUUUUAGAUGGCAUGUCUUCUUAAGGGAAGUGCUAAUGUCUCCUGCCAAUCCCAUUGGUAAAAUAGAAGAUUAUUAUUAUCGUGUUGAGUUCCAGCAGCGUGGUUCUCCUCACUGUCAUUGCCUUUUCUGGGUUUCUGGUGCUCCCAUUUUAGAUAAGAACACAGAUGAGGAGGUCAUUGCAUUUGUUGAUGAAUAUGUCACAUGUGAACUUCCUUCUGAAGACGAUUCACUACAUGAAGUCGUCUCAUCUGUCCAGCAGCACUCCAAACGGCAUUCAAAGACUUGUAGAAAGAAAAAAACUGUUUGUCGUUUUAAUUUUCCACGGCCUGCAUCUGUUAGAACUUUUAUUAGUCGUGGUGAAAAGUAUCAAGAUGCAGUGAAGACUUGCAAGUGUGAUAAAACAGAUAGCACUGUACAGUGUGCCUGUGCGUCUCAAGAUAAAGCUCGUAAACAAGAAAUGGACAAAGAAGUAGCAAGUGCCAUUUUAACUAAAGUAAAGACUGCUAUUUCUAGUGAAGACUGUCCAUAUAACAGUGUAGAAGGUCUGUUUCAGGGCCUGGGUAUCAGUCAGGAACUAUUUGAGAUGGCAUAUAAACGAUUUUGUCGAAAUACACAUGUUGUUUUGAAAAGGGAAGUUAAUGAAAUCUGGAUUAAUCAGUAUAGCAAGUUGCUGUUAAAAGCUUGGAAUGCUAAUCUUGAUAUCCAGUAUUGCGUCGAUGCUUAUGCAUGCUGUGUAUACAUAAUAUCUUACAUGUCUAAAAGUGAACGGGAAAUUGGCCUUCUGCUUGCUAAUUCUCAAAGAGAAGCAGCCAAAGAUGGUAAUCUUAGUGCUAAAGAGGCCUUGAAGACUCUUGGUAAUGUUUAUCUUCAUAAUCGAGAUGUUUGUGCGCAGGAAGCAGUCUACAGGCUAACUAACAUGCAUCUAAAGGAGUGUUCUAGGAAAGUUGUGUUUGUUCCCACUGGUGAUAAUAUAGUGAAAAUGAGUUUGCCUAUUUCUGUUUUGAGGCAAAAAGCAGCAUCACAGGAUCUUACUUCAGAUGACAUGUGGAUGACCGGAUUAGUUGAACGUUAUAAGAAGAGGCCAAAUGAUGAUGUGUUCAAUGAUAUGUGCCUGGCUACGUUUGCAUCAGAAUAUCGUGUUUUGAGUAAAAACGAAAAAUGUAGAAACCCUAUAAAGUUAAGUAAUGAUUUAGGAUUUGUUACAAAAAGAACUCGGACUAAACCAGCGGUUGUUCGUUACGCGCGUUUCUCUGAAACCAAAGACUCGGAGAAAUUUUUUCAAAGCAUGUUGCAGUUGUUUUUACCGUACCGCCAUGAUAGUCAACUUAAGCUUAACUGUGAAACUUUUGAGGAAUUUUACAGAACUGGUUUAAUUAGAUUUUUUGAUAGAACAAACCACUCGGUAAAGGCUGUUGUAGAUUUAAAUCGGAGUAAAUUUGAGUUAGAAUCUGAUCAUUUGGAUGCUGUGAAUAAUAUAGUCGGUGAUGUAAUGUUAGAAGAUGCAUGGUGUGAGUUGUGUCCGGCAGUUGAAAUGGAACGUUUAGAGUGUGUUGAAAUACUGAAAGAAUCAGAACCGACAGUAAGUGACGAGGCAGAAGUAAUCCCAGAUUUGGCUCCAUGUUCAAACCAAACUGCACAUUUAGAGAAGAGAAACACGAUGAGUAGAGGUGAAGGUCUGGCAUUGAUUAGGUCUUUAAAUGAAAAACAGUUUUCUGUUUUUAAUCAAAUCAGGCAGUGGUGUGUAGAUAAAGUUAAUGGUAAUAACCCUGAACCACUGCAUGUUUUUGUUACAGGUGGGGCAGGCGUUGGGAAAAGUCAUUUAAUUCGAGCAAUCGAGUAUGAAACACAGAGAUUACUGUCACCAAGCUGUAGACAUCCUGAUAAUGCAUGUGUAGUAUUGACAGCUCCUACUGGGAUUGCAGCAUAUAAUUUAGGUGCAACAACAAUCCACACUACACUGUCUAUAGGAAAGGAUGUGCGCUUACCGUACACUCCUCUGGGUGAAGAAAAACUAAAUUCUUUACGUACAAAAUAUUGUGAUUUGCAGCUUCUUAUUAUUGAUGAAAUAUCAAUGGUCGAUCAUAACCUGUUGUCCUAUGUUCAUGGUAGAUUACGUCAGAUUAAACAAACGGGUGACUUUUCACCUUUUGGAAAUGUCAGUGUAGUGGCUGUUGGAGAUUUCUUCCAGCUACCUCCUGUUAAAGGGAAGCCACUCUAUUCUGAUGGUGUAGGUAGCAACUUAUGGUCAAGCCUAUUUAAAGUUGUACAGUUAACUGAAGUCGUUAGACAGAAAGAUGCUGUGUUUUCUGGACUGCUAAAUAGAAUCAGAACUCAUACAAAAGGUACACCAUUGUUACCUGAGGAUUUAAAGGUUUUAAAAACUUGUGAAACAGGUGAGGCAAGCUCAGCAUUGCACAUAUUUGCAACAAAUAAUCAAGUAAAUAAUCACAACAUCCAUCAGUUAUGUCACGUUUGUCCUGAUUACAUAUCAAUUACAGCCAAAGAUUAUGUUAAUGAUAAAAGAACAGGCAAACUGAAGUUGUUGGAAGGGAAUCAUGCCAGAGCUUCUAAUACUAACUUGUCAGAAGUGUUACAGUUGGGUAAGGGUGCGCGUGUAAUGUUGUGUAAAAAUGUGGAUGUCAUUGACGGUUUAGUAAACGGAAUUUGUGGUACGUUGACGGAAAUUGUAAUUUUAGAAAAUGACACCUUUCCUAAGAAAGUUUAUGUUCAGUUUGAUGACCAUCGUGUCGGCUUGCAGAGGAGGAAAACCUCCCAGUCUCUGUCAGCAAAUUUAGCUGGAUCUACACCUAUUGAACCCGAGGAGGAAAGAGCCACUGUUAAAGGUGGAUUACGUCGACAAUUUCCUCUUAAAUUAGCUUGGGCGGUUACGGUUCAUAAAGUUCAGGGACUCACUCUUGAAAACGCCGUUGUUAGUUUUAGGAAAAUAUUUGCACCAGGUCAAGCAUAUGUAGCACUUAGCCGUGUAACAAGUCUUUCAGGACUCACAAUUCAGGACUUUGAUGAAAAACGAAUCUAUUGUAAAGAUGACAUUACAGUUGCAGUUAGUAAAAUGACCCCUUUUUUGACUCCAAACUCACAGUUCGACAGAUUUAACUCUUCUGCAUUCACUGUGUUUUUAAUGAAUGUCCAAAGUCUGAAUCGACACGUUAAAGACUUAGCUUUCUGCACACAGCAUUUGCAACCUAAUUGCAUUGCUGUCACAGAAACAUGGGUAUCUACAGACAGAUCAGAUGCAGUAAAGAUUGAUGGCUAUAGUUUUUACAACUGCCCACGAGGUUUAGCUUAUUCUAGUACUCAUGAGUCUUUGAUUGCUUUUCAAGAACAACAACAUGGUGGUGUUGGCUUUUAUACUGCAGAUGGUGUGGCAUUUAAAAUGUUGCAGGCUCCAGACGUCAACUUGGAGAGUUUAGUGUAUAGCUUUGUUAACUUACACAUAGUACUUGGACUCAUUUAUCGACCUCCUCUUUAUCCCCUUUCUUUGCUUAAAGUAAAUUUAACAAAGUUGCUUGAUUGGCUGGAGGUACAAAGUGAGACAUUAGUACUAAUGGGAGAUUUUAAUGAUGACAUUUUAAAAUCAUCAACAAUAUUAAAACUUUUGACUGACAGAGGCUAUGCCCAAAUAGUCAAACAGCCAACAACCGAGAAAGGCACUUUAAUAGAUCAUGUCUAUGUAAAAUCCAACAAGUAUAUAACAGAAGCAUCUGUUAUUCCAACAUAUUUUAGUGAUCAUCAGGGCAUCAUGUGUGCUUUGACACGGCUUUAGUUUACCUCAAAAACAGCUUUGAUUUGAUCAACACCUAACUGCAGAAUUUGUAAUGUAAAGAGGUGUGUGUGUGUGUGUGUGUGUGUGUGUGUGUGUGUGUGUGAUCAAUUUUAGCUUUAACAUUUACUAAUAUUUUACCUUUCCUUACAUGAGCUAUCUCUACUGAGAGCAAAAUCAAUUUCGUUGUACACCUAUGCAAUGACAAUAGAACUUGUAUAUAUAUAUCAUACAUAUAGUCUGUCAGAACUUUUCUAUAUGAAAUAUAUUGGAUGUAUUGUUUUUAAGCAGUGUACAUGUUUCGAUGCCGUUGAGAGGUUGUGCACACUCAGGACAACUUCGCUGCCGCGUUCCAUGUGUGAGAGCAGGGGUUGCAGGACAAUGUGCGCACAGGAGUGUAGCAAGAUUUUUAAACUGUGGGUGCUGAAAUUUCUCUGAUGCAUAUAGGUGAGAAGUGUUACAUUCGCAAACUAUUUAGCUGUCAUGAGAGCAACAAAGGGGGUAAUAACGCGCGGAACGUUUUGGUGUCGUGCAUUUGUCAUGGCACUAGAAUUUCGGGAGUGGUGCAGCACCACGCCUAUGUAGGAAAAACCACUAACUGCUGCUGUAUGCUUCACCAUUUCUGUGAUUUCAAUUUUCAUGUCCCCUACUGACCUAGUCAAAAUAACAUUGAGCCAUUUCCCACCUUCUCUCAGCUCUAGAAUGCUCUUUCCCCUUGUCCUCUGCAUUAAUCUCUCACCCACUUUUUAAUCAAAACUAAAAACAUAUCUGUCCAGAUCAGCAAUUAAUACACUAAUUUUAUUGUUGUAAUGUGUGUGAGUGUGUGUGUGUGUGUGUGUGUAUAUUUCAUCUUCUUUGUUGCAAAAUGUGUAGGAUGUAUUGGAAAGCUUUUAAACGUCUUUUUUAACAUCAAAAUUAAAUGUGUUUAAAAGCUUUCUAAAGGUUUCGUUUCCUGCAUUAAGAUGGUAUUUAUUGAAAUUAAACUGAAAACCUUUAGUACAAUUGGCCUCUCAUUCAUCACUACUGAACGAUGUAACAAUUCAACACCAAAUUAUGCAUAAUGUUAAAAAUUAAACUGGUGAAUUUCAUGCUGUUUUAAUGCAGGGUUUGCUUUACCUGGUAAAAUGCACAAAAAAGCAAAGGCAAUGGUCUGGUCUCCCAAUUGUGGGACAGGGUUCAAAUCCCUGUGUUGCCCUGCUAAUUGUGUUGAUCACUGGAAAAAACUAUUAUUAAAAAAGGCAAAAAACAAUAAACUUUAAGUUUAAAAUCUUACUUGCUGCAAUUCACCCUAGAACUAAACACAUUUUGAUUUCAAGGACAACUGAUAAGAUCACACCCAUGGGCAUUUCUAGCGUGCUUUUGUGAGUACUGAAGCACCCCUAAAUUCAUCUCUAGCACCCCUAAAGUUUAACAUUUAUUUAUUUAUUUUUACAAUUUAUGGUGAUUUUUAAACACAUAUCUAAAACAAUUGGACAAAACAUUGUUUUACAAACAAUAAUAUAGCAAAUCUCCCCUGUCUCAAAAAUGGUUUGAUCGUGCUCACCUUUCCAGCCUCUACUCUGAGCCUUCCUGAGUGGCUGACAUGCCAUUAGGAACCACGUUUCUUUCUGUGGGACAGUCCUGAAUUUACAUUAUUUUUCACAGGUCUUUGAAUCUU